GAAAGACGCUCUUUGUUUUCCAGACAGAUACCUAACAAUAUAAAUAUGGAACGCUCGUUUUUCUAAGCUUGUUUCCAUCCCAACACACCACAAAGAGAGAGAAAAUCUCACUCCGAAAGACAAAUCUAGGAAGAGAGAGAAAAUAGCCUAAUACAUAUCUAGAGAGACAGCUGAGAGCCCCAGAAGAUAUAUCUAGAGAGUAGAUACAGAGAGAGAGAGAGAGAGAGAGAGAGAGAGAGAGAGCUUCAGAAAUGGCUUCGUUCGACACAUUCAGCAAUGACGGAGACGACGUCAGGCCGACCACUCGUCCCUUCGACGACGACGGCUACAUCGGCUACGAUCCCCGCCUCCCUUCCCAGCGUUACGAUCCUUCUUCCUUCUCCACCUUUGACCCGGUCGACGUCGACCCCGAUACUGACCUCCCUCCUGCCGCCGCCGCCGCCGUUGCCGACGACGAGGGCGUGGCUGUCGAGCAUGUGCCUCUCGACGGCGGUCACUCGCAUUCCCCGGACGCUUAUGGCUUUGCCUCUUCCCCAAACCCUGAGUACUCUUCCUCGCCGUUCGAGGCGACCUUGCCGGAGUCGAACGGCCAUGGGAAACCGUACGACAUUGGUGAGGAUACGGAUGGAAUUUUCACGACCGACGGGCCGAUGCUGCCGCCCCCGGGCGAGAUGCAGCCGGAGGAAGGGGUUGCGCUCCGCGAGUGGCGUCGCCAAAAUGCCAUCUUGCUUGAAGAGAAGGAGAAAAGGGAGAAGGUACUGCGGAAUCAGAUCAUCAUUGAAGCUGAUGAGUAUAAGCAAUCUUUUCACGAGAAAAGGAAGCUCAACUGUGAGACCAACAAGGCUAAUAACAGAGAAAGGGAAAAGGUUUACUUAGCCAACGCUGAGAAGUUCCAUAAAGAAGCUGAUAAACACUACUGGAAAUCUAUAGCGGAGCUUAUUCCUCGCGAGGUACCUAAUAUUGAGAAAAGAAGAGGAAAGAAGGAUGCUGAGAAGAAGCCUUCCAUCAUGGUCAUUCAGGGUCCGAAACCUGGGAAACCUACUGACCUUUCGAGGAUGCGGCAUAUUCUCUUGAAGCUAAAACAGAGUCCUCCGCCUCACAUGUUGCCACCAAAGCCUGCACCUGCCAAAGAUAGCAAGGAUGCAAAGGAUGCCAAAGGUGGUAAAGAUUCCACAGCAGCAGCUACUGGAACUGCUGGUGAUAAACCUGCUACAUCUGGCAAGGAUGUGGUAGGCAACACUGCUGGUGAUGGUGCACAAGCUGCAGAAACUGAGCCAGUCUCCGCUGCCUGACAUAACCGACCAUAUAAUCUAACUAAUUUCUUUUUUGCUUUCCUUUUUCUGAUAUAAAGUUAUGUUUAAUUGCAGUAUUUUGAAUAUCCUGCACCAUCCAUUAUGGAGAAUAAGCAUGACUACUUUUAAAUGCUUCACCAUUUGCAGGAGGGCAGUGGAGCAAUUCUCGUUUUAUCUAGCUAGGAUUUUAUGGCUUAGAUGCUAAAAUUACAUUUUGUAUUUGAUGCUCUUGUUAUUUUGUUGAGCACCGAAUUUGUUUGUGGA